ACGCACCUGAUAAUGUCAUCUGUGCUACUUACUUCAUAAAAUUUUAGUACAGAAACAAAUUGUUAUUUUGUCACUGAAAGAAGAUUAUGAGAAUUUAACGGUCGCUGGAUUGGUAUAAACAAUGACGCUAACGGGAUGGAGGCUUGUUAUGAACAGAGUAUUAUUCAUACCGCAGCGAUAUGUACUCGGUGUUUUGGGACUCUUUGCGCUUGCAAAUGCAUUUACUAUGCGCGUAUGUUUGAGCAUGACAAUUACUCAGAUGGUACUCCAUACGGCACCAGCUGAACAUAUCAUAGGCGAAACUUGCCCAGAUGACGACGCUCUAGUCAACAGAACUUUAUUGAGAAAUAUUUCCAGCAUAUUGCCGCCUGUGGGUCGGCAGCGUUAUGAUUGGGACGAAAAAACACAAGGGUUUCUUUUGAGCGCUUUCUAUUAUGGCUAUGUUAUAACUCAUUUACCUGGAGGUCGACUGGCAGAGAAAUUUGGUGGCAAAUGGACUAUUGGUAUCAGUCUUUUGAUUACUUCGGUUGCUACUGCCGCUACUCCUUGGGCAGUAAGCUUGGGAGGAGCUGUAGGACUCUUCAUCAUACGAGUUAUAGAAGGGGCUGGUGAAGGUCCUGUUACACCCGGUUUUGUACUCUUAUUGGCAAGAUGGGUACCUCCUGCAGAAAGAUCACGAUUUGGUGCUAUGAUCUUCGGUGGGGCUCAAAUUGGCAAUAUCAUGGGCCCAUACCUGUCUGGUAUACUGCUGGCUGAUGGCGGCGAUUGGGAAAACGUUUUCUACUUAUUUGGAAGCCUCGGUAUUAUAUGGUUCAUAUUUUGGGUGUUUCUUUGUUACAAUACUCCCAAUUCGCAUCCUUUUAUAUCGGAUGAAGAGCGCAAAUAUUUGAACGAAAACAUUGUAGCAUCCGGACUCCACAAGAAAUUGGACCCCGUUCCUUUCAGAGCUUUGUUUAGUUCUCCUCCUGUUUGGGCCCUCGUUUUAGCGGCUGUAGGUCAUGACUGGGGCUACUUCACAAUGAUAACAGAUCUGCCGAAGUAUUUCUCUGAGGUUCUUAAAUUUAACAUAAAAGACACAGGAUUAAUGUCAGCACUUCCAUAUAUCGCUAUGUACGUUUUCUCAUUUGUGUUUGCCUCAUUUUGCGACGUCUGCAUCCGAAAGAAAUGGCACAGUAUAACAACAGGAAGGAAAAUAUAUACCACACUUUCGUCAACCUUUCCGGCUCUAUUUAUUAUUCUGGCCUCGUAUUCUGGAUGUAACCGUCUGGAAGCUGUGGCCUUCUUCGUGGUGUCGAUGGCAUGCAUGGCAGGUUUCUAUAGUAGUGUGAAGAUAAAUGCAAUGGACAUAGCCCCGAAUUAUGCGGGCACUUGCUCAGCUAUGGUGAAUGGUUUGGCCGCUGUGUCUGGCAUCUUUACUCCGUAUUUGAUCGGAUUAUUAACUCCGGAUCAAACAAUUGGUCAAUGGAGGAUUGCCUUUUGGACGGUAUUUGCAGUCAUGGUGGGGACGAACAUUAUAUACCUGAUCUGGGGAUCUGGUGACCAGCAAUGGUGGGAUGACGUUGAUAAAUACGGGUAUCCUCCAGGCUGGAAACAUGGUCCAUUUAAGAAGAGGCAAGAAGAUACUGAGAAGAAGGUCGUCCACCCUAAACACGAUCACUCACCUGUAGCUGAUGAUUAAAUGAAUUGUUAAAA